UGUCCUUCGAAUUCAAAACCCCAACCAAAACCCUUACUUCAUUUUCUUCAAUCCCAUCCCCAAAUGUUCAAAUUUUCCUCCACAUUUCUUCUACAUUUCAUCCAGAAACGUUCUUUCAAUACCGUUUCUACUUCUACGUUGCCUUUAGCCUCCGUUUCUACCAUCCAAUUCCUCACAAAUUCAUGUGGCCUUUUUUCAGCAUCGCCUACUUCCAAAGGUCGAAAGCUCCAAUUCCAUGAAAAAACAUCCAGGAGUAUGAAGCCGUUAUCGGUUUCUUCAAAUCACAUGGAUUCGAGAAUUCACAUAUCGCCAAGUUGGUCUCGAAGCAACCUUCAAUCCUUCAAUCCAUAGUAUCCACCAAUUUGAAGCCUAAAUUUGAUUUCCUCCAGGAAAUCGGGAUCGUCGGUCCUUUACUUCCUAAGGUAAUUCUAUCGAACCCUGGAAUUCUUUUUAGGAGCGUAAAUUCUCAGUUGAAACCAACAUUUCGUCUCAUAAAGGAAAUGCUUGAAUCGGAUGAAAAGUGAAGGAGUACCUUCUACGAAUAUAGCGAAAAUGAUUGCAUUGAACCCUAGAAGUAUUAUGCGAAAUGUUGGUAGAAUGAUUCAUGCAGUGAAAACGGUUAAAGAAUCAGGCGUUGAACCAAAGGAUCGUGCGUUUGUUUAUGCAGUUAGUGCAGUGGGUUCUAUGAAUCAUUCAAGUUGGAAGAAGAAAAUAAAUGUUAUGAAGAGUUUAGGAUGGUCUGAGAAGGAGAUUUUUACAGCCUUUAAGAGAUAUCCACUUUGUUUAACUUGUUCAGAGGAGAAAAUGAGGGAUGUUGCAGAUUUCUGUUUCAACACUGCAAAGUUGGAUCCAGGAACCUUAAUUUCUUACCCUGUGUUCUUCAAUUUGUCAGUCGACAAGCGACUCCGACCGAGGUACAAAGUUCUCGAGGUUUUGAAGGUGAAAAAUCUCGUCAAGAACAAAAAGAUUGCUCUUACUGGGUGGUUUAUGCAAGGGGAGAGAGAAUUUGUGAAGAAUAAUGUUGUUAAGCAUUUGGAUGAAAUCCCAAAUCUGAUGGAUAUAUACCGGGGCAAUGGCGCAUCUGAAACCAAAUCUGUUUCAUAGGAUUGGAAAGUUGUAAGUUAAAAUGUUCUUAAAGUCUAAAUUUGAGCAUCAUGAUCUUCAAAGGUGAGAGCACUUUUGUUGUUAUUGCGCCUAUUGUUCUGUUUCAAAUAACACUGCUUCUCGAGGUUUUCAAAUGGGAGAAUUGUGUUGUCUUCCAUCCAAAUGAAGGCAGUUAGUUAGGUAAAUCUAUUUGGUGUAUAUUUGUUCAUAGACAUGUUAAUCUUGAAGUUGAAUCCAAUGAUGAUGUUGAAAUGGGAUGAGAGACAUGAGAGUUGUAGAUAAACUUUCUGCUUUGUCUGUUUUAAUGUAGAGGAGAUUUGGGUAUUGUAGUAGAAGGGAUGUAAUACACAAUACAUAUCCAUCUCAUCAUAA